AUGGGUGCGUAUGUCUCGACCGCGAACGGAGGCUGGGUCAAUCAACGUAUACCGGAUGACACGACCAUCGAAAUCUAUAAGAAAUACAACACUCUCAUGAUCAAAGCAUACCGCUCCCCUACUCACCCCGAAGAGAAUGCCCGAUACAAGGCCCACAUGUCACAGCAGCUAUCUGAGCUUGAGCAACGCAUGAAAGAUGAUGGCUCUGACCCGAGGGAUAUCUUCUUUGUGAACAGAAUGCUUCGUGCUGGCAUGUUCCGCGUGGACCUAAUGUGUGUUGGUCGAACCGAAUUCGGACCUAAUGGAGCCCUGUUUGGCGCAACGGACGUCGGACCUCGUUGGACACAGGAAGAAUGGACUCUAUACCAGGAAACUUGGAAAGCCUUAAUCGAUUCAUUCCCUGUUCAAGCGAUACUUGCACAGGAGAUAGAUCGCGCUCUCGUUCUGUCUAAAUCCAGCGGCAUUGACCAACGGAAGUUCUACCAGAUCAGAAUGGGCGAUUCGCUGAUAGUAGUACCAAUGCUUGGUUUGGGACUAGACACCGACGACCUCACAGUCCGCAAGGCCAUCGAGGCUCUUCGUGAGUGGGAUCCAGAAUUCUAUAGCCAAGGCGUCAAAGGACAUGAAAAGGAACAACACUAA